CCGAGACGCACGGCGAGCAGGAGCGGCGCGCCGCAGAGGAGGCGCGCCGCCUCCAGCUGGACCUGGUGGAAGCGCGCGAGCGCUGCGUCCAGCUGAGCGGCCGCGAAGCCGAGGCGCUCGACAAGCUGAGGGAGGGCGUGGACGUGGUGCAGAACGCCCUGCUAGAGAAGGAGGAGGCCGUGCAAAAGGCGGAGCGACUCGAGGGCGACAUCGCGGAGCUGGAGGCGUCGCUCGGCCGGCUGGCGGACGAGGCCGGCCUGCGCACCAAGCGCGAGGUCGACGCCGUCCGCGAACAGUGCAACAAGCGGCUGGCGGAGAUGGCCGAGCGGCUGCAGGCGCGCGACUCAGAGGAGGUUGAACUUCAGCAGCAACUAGAGCGGCUCAUGCGCGAGAAGAAAAACGUGGAAAGGGAGUACGAUCGCGUCAAGGCGGAACACGCCAAAUGCGGGGCCGGCGGGCUGGAGUCGGGAGCGCUGGAGGAGCUGACUGCUCGGCUGGCGCGACUGGAGGAGGCGCGUGACCUGGCGGAGCGGGCCGCUGCUGACCUUACUAGGAAGCUGAAAAGCUCCGAGGCCAGGCAUGAGAUCGAGCUGGAACGGCUGGCCGAGGACGCGGCCGAGCAGCGGCGCCGCCUGUUGGAGCUGAACGGCACCUGCGAUGCGCUGCUGGACCAAAAGAGUGCGCUGACAGAGCAGCUGGCGGCCGCCCGCGCCGAGCACGAGGUGGAGCUGGCGGCGGCGACCGAGCGGCGCCGCGUGCUGGAGCGCGCCGUCAGCUCACUCGAGCAGCAGUUGCGUCAGAAGGAGAGGCUGCUGAACAGCGAGAUCCAGUCGUAUGAGACGGAUCAGGAGCACACCAAGGUCGAGCUGCGCGAACUCCUCGCCGCCCAGCAGCAGAUGACUGCCAAAUGGCGCCGCGAACUGCUCUCGACCUCUGAGCAGCACGAGCAGAAGCUGGCCCGAAUGAGGAGCGUGGAGCGUGACCUGGCGCGGAAAAUCACGGAACUGGAGGACGACCUCCGGGACACCAGGACGCGCGAGCUUGAGUCUGAAGAAGAGGUUAAACGGUACAAAUUCAGGGUGCGCGAGCUGGAGCUGCGCGUACAGGCGGCGGAGAAGCGCUUCCUCACGGUCCACGCGGGCUCGAGCCGGCAGCCGUCGCGGCGGGCGGGCGCGCCCCACGACCCCCGCCGUCACUUGGAGGACUGACGGUGCCCGUAGCUGGGGGUCGGACGGAGCGGGAGGUGCCCCCGGCCGCUGGCGCCAGGCUGAGCCCCUCAGCCGGCACGCAGCCUCUGGGGGUGAGGGUGUCGUCACGGCGGACAGACCUGGGCGACCUGCCACACCUUCACCGCCAUCGGAGUUGAUCAAGUUAAAGUACAAGCCAGAUCUGCUAGCGCAUAUGUCCUUGCCGCUAGGAGUGGUCAUUUGUGGCCGCGGUUCUGUGACCCCUUGUUUCGCGUGCG